AUGCUUAUAUUAUAACCAAUCUCAUAAUUUCUCUUUCAAACACUAAUUCAACAUAAAAGAUUGAAAACCUAUCAUAAUACUUUAAAUUAAUAUUAUGAAUUGUUGAUUAUUGAAGAUUUCUUUGAUUUAAUUUAAGCAACUUAAAAAAGUAAAAAAAGAAUCAUUGAAUUAAUUUAAAAGUUUAGUUUACAUUUGAAUCGUUGUUAAUCUCUUAAAUGUUAAUGUAAGAAAAUUGGUGUUGGAGGUGUCUUAAGAUAAGAAGAUGCUGUCAUUUUAACAUCCUGUUUGUUUAGAAUUGGAUUUGAAAAACAUAGAAAUGAUACAAAAAAUCUAGAAAUUUACAGUCUUAAAUUUCUUACAUUUAUUAAUAAAUACAGAAAUAAUGCUCCAAAGAGUUAUUAAGAAUUGAAGAUUUUAUUUUAAAAAAAAAGAGAAUAUUCAUUUUAUUUCAUAUAAAUUUCACUAUUAUUAUAGUUUAUUCUAUAGGCUUAAAUGUAAAAGGAUGAAGAUUAUAACAUUAAUAAAGAUACAAGAGUAUCUAAUGUUAAAUUAUAAGUAAGUAAAAGCGAAAGAAGUAUAGUAUAAACUCUAUAUCAAAUGGAAUAAAUUAAAUAGAAUUUAUUGCCAUUAUUAAUGUAGCUUAGUUAAUUUAAAAUAUAAUUUUGGAAACAAUAUUUAGCAUCUAAAUUUUCUAAUUUCUCUGAAAUUGAAAUUGAAGUCAAAAAAUUAUAACUUUUAAAAAAUAAAAUUUAAAAUUAAAUAAAAAAAUAUAAACCAAUUUUUUAUACUCAUGGAAGAACAUUUAAUGUUCAGUUUUUAAAGUAUAAUGCUUUGAUUGAUUUACUUUUAUUUAAUAAUGUUAGGAAAUAUUUUGAAUUAGAGAGAGGUAAUAAAUAAAUAUUAUAUAUUCUUUAGAAAGAAGAGAAAUUUUAUAAUUGGAAAAGAGUAUGAACUCAUUUGAAAUUACAAAUAUUAACUUUUUUAAAGGUGAAGCUAUAUCUGUAAAAGUUUGUAUAGCAUAAGGUCCAAACAUAGGAAAAGUCUUAAAUGAAGUUAUAUCUCCAUUGAUUCCAAAAUUUUUUGGUUUUCAUCGUUUUGAUAAUUCAAUGGAGGUUUUUCUUGAUUUUACAAAAGGAAAUAUAAAUACAUUGAUGCCUAGUUGGUUAGAACCAGUACAUGAUGAAAUAAUGUAAAAUUAUAUUAGAAGAGGAGGUACAGCCAGAAUAGGUAAAUAUUUUUAAACAUUUGCAAAAACAUAUGAUAAAACAUUAAUAAGAUGUUAAGUUUAUCUUGCUCAUAAUUUUAGUUAAAAUUUAAGAGAUGAUUUUACAAUGAUAGGUUGUUUAAAAUCUUUAGAAGAAGAAUAACCUUAGAUUAUACAUGGAAAAGAACCUAAGAAAAUUAAGGAUGUAGCUUUUAAAGGUGUUUAACAUAUAUUAUUUGAUGUUAAUGGAACUAUUUUGGGAGUUACUUAAGGAUUAUACUUAAUGAUUGAUAGAUUAUAAAGGACAAAAAUUACACAAAAUGUUGAACCCUUUAAACAUCAUAGUCAUGAUAAGAGUAAAUCUGAGAAUUCUUCUAUUGAAAGUGAAAGUUUUAAUGUUUAUUAGUAAUAAUGGUCAAAUCAAAUCUUAAAAAUAGAUGACUUUUAUUAAAAAGUUUUAAUUUGGAUGUUAUUACCAUUUAUAUCAAGAGAGAUUGAAUCAACUGGAAUUGAAUAUUUAAUGGAUGGAGAAACUCCUCCUAAAAAUAGAUAUCCAAAUUUAGUAGAUCUAGAAACUACUAAUAGUAUUGUAAACAAUAAAGAAACUUAUUUAUUUAUUCCUGAAGAUAUUAAUUUAUUUGUUUCAUAGUAUGAAAAAGUAUUGCAAAAAAUAAUAGAUGAUGUUCGUGUUCAAUCAAAUAAUUUUUCAUCAGGAAGUUAAUAUAAAGGAAUUAAAAGCGAAUAUUAAGAUAGUGAAAGUUUUAGUGCUUAACAGAAUGUUACUAUAUAUAAUGAAAAAUUAUGCACCUUUUUCUUUGAUUAACAUUUAAAAAGUCAUUAAGCUUUACAAUUUGGUACGACUAGAUAAUCAGAGAUGCAGAAAAGCUCUGUUAAACCAUCAUCUUAAUCAUAAGUAUCGUUACAUAGUGAGGAAGAUAAUGAAUAACUCAAAACAAGAGCUGAAAAGAUUUACUAUGAUAAAUAUACAAAAUAUGUUGAAAAAAUUACACUUUAAGAUUUUAAUCCAGUUCCUGUUUUUUAUUCAGUGAAUUAUGAAGAAUAUAGAUAUAAAAAAAAUGAUAUCGAAUAAAAAUAACAAUUUUUUGUUAUUGAAUUAGCAGUCAAUGAAUAACAAUUAUUAACUACUAUGGGCUAUAAGCGUUAAGUUAGAGAAACAAUUAAAUAGGCUUGUAUAAAUUUACAAUCAAAAAAACUCUUAAUUGAACAAUAAAUCUAAACAAUAGAUUCAAAUAGUAUUUAAGAUAAUAUAAGUGAAUAAAGAAAUGAUUAUGAUGGAGAGAUAAUUAAUUAUAUGUUUCCCUCUCAUCCAUCUCAUGAUUAUGAAGAUAUAUAUUUUCAAUCUCCUAAAAUAGAUUAAAUUUCUAAUUAACAAAAUUUAAAUGAAAAUAAAUAAUUAUUUACUAGUAGAAGCUAUGAAAAGGAUAACUAAAUUAAGUAAAGCUUAUAUACAUAGGAAUCACUAAUGAAAGCAUCUUUUAAAUUGAAAUUCCCAGAAAGGAAUCUUACAAUAAAUACUAUGAAUAGAUUUAUGGAUAAGAAAAGAUAGCAAGACUUUUUUAAUGAGACCGAUUCUAAAUUAGCUAUUGAUAGUAGAGCUUCAUAAUAAUUAAUUUAAGAAGAACAUUAAGUCAAAUAUUCUGAAAAUCUAAAAAUAUUUGAUUAAAAUUAUAAAUCAAUUCAUUCUAAAAUGGAAGACUUUAAAAAUCCUACCUCUUUUAAAAUAUAAAAAUAUCUUUUAUAUUUUGUUCUUUUUUUAAUUAUUGGAUAUAUCAUACUAUUAACUAUAGCUGUUUAUUAAUAAUAUAACUUUAAUCAAUGUUUUGAUUUAAUUGAAUUAAUGCUAUCCACAUAAUAAAGUUAUUCAUAAAUUACUCAUGGUCUCUAUCGUUUAGAAUUAGCAGAUUAAUUUAAAAUAGAUUAAAAUAUGAAAGAAUUCUAUUUGAUUCAAAUUGAUUAAAAUCUUCAAAAAUUAAUUAAUUUAUAGAGUGAAUAAUUAAUUGAUAUAAAUUAAGUUAACUUUAGUGUAAAUUAGUUUUAUAAUAUAGAAUAAUAAUUAAUUUAAAAUCCUACAUUAUAAGAAACUAUCUCAAUGAGUUUAGCAUAAUUUUAUAAAAUUAAAAACAAUACUCUAAACAAUUCUUAAGUGACGCUUAUUUCAAUUGCUAAUUUAAAAGAAAUUGGACAAUUGCCUCAAUUGGCUUAUGAUAAUUGUUAUGAUGAAAAAGUAUUACAUGAGGAAUAAGUCUAAUCUUUAUUGACGAUUUAUAUGUUAAUUAUUUUCUUUUUGGUCAUGUUAUUACAGUUUUUGUAAGUUCCUUUAAUAUCUAAACUUAAGGAUGAUCAUAGAAGAUUGUAUAAAAUUGUUAUUAAAUUGUAAGUCUAUGA